CUUGGUCGGCAGGGCGCCAGGUGGCACCAGGAUAGGGUGCUCUCGCUCGCCACGUCGGCCAUGGCGCACAACAAAACCCUCGAAGGAGAGAGAGGGAGAGGGAGCAGAGCAGAGAAAUGGAGGCCGACAUGGACGCGAGCUUGGACUUCUUGGAGCUGGAGGCCCAUCUGGUGUUCGAUCUCGGCAACGCCGAUAGCAAACGUUGGAUGAGCCUGGCGGAUUGCUGCAGCUCGUACCUGCCGGCCGAGGACUCGCUCUCCGGCCUCGACUCCUCCGGCUACAACGACUCCACCAGCUCGCCGGACGGCGCCACCAGCUCGCGGUCCACGGCGUCGACGAGGGCCACCAGGGCGAGCAAGAACAUCGUCGAGGAGAGGGUCCGGCGCAGGCGGCUCAACGAGAAGCUCUACGCCAUUCGCGGCGUCGUCCCAAACAUCACCAAGAUGGACAAGGCGUCCAUCAUCCAGGACGCCGUCGCAUACAUCGAGGAGCUGCAGGAGCAGGAGUGCCGGAUCCUCGCCGAGGUGUCCGACCUCGAGGCCGGCGGCUGCACCGCCGUGGUCAAGUCGGCGGCCUCGACCGGUAGCGAGGGGGUGGAGGACACCGGCGUUGGCUUCUCGCCGCGGAAGAAGAUGAGGAGGACUACCUCCUCCUCCUCCAUCAAUGACGCCGUCACUUCUCCUGCCACGCAUCCGGUCCUCCUUGAGCUGGAAGUGAUGCCCAUAGCGGAGAAGCUGGCGGUGGUGAGCAUGAGGCACGACAAUGCUCAGCAUGUCAUGGCGAAGAUAUACAAGGCGCUCGAUUCGCUCCGUCUCAAGGUCAUCAACUCAAGUGUCACCGUCGUGGACGGCCGCACAGUCCACACUAUGUUCAUCGAGACGGAAGAAACGGAUAGUGUUGAGACGAUCAAGGAGAUGGUACAGGCUACACUCAGCCAUCUCGAAUUCUCGAUGUGAGAAGAAGCCCACCAAAGUCCAUGAGUCACUGAGGAAGAUCAAGUGUGUCAAAGAAUGUGUGAUGGGCACCCCAACUACCGAUGCUCCAUCAUGCUCACUAGAUCAUGGAGGAGAGCGCAUGGUUUGGUCCAAUCUGGUAUUACAACAUUCUAAUAAAAGUGACUACAAUUGCAAUCACUUAUAUGGCCCAAAAAAUAGUAAUUGUGCCUAGAAUUUAUGUAAGCUCGUAGUAUUAGUGCUCCCUCCCUUUGGAUUUGUAUGGGCAUCUCCAUACAUAAUUAUAGAACUUCAGUUCAGCUUACAACUUUGUGCACCGCAACUACUGGUAUGAAAUCCGCACUUUAACUUUA